GUCGUCAUGGAAACGAGCUGCUCGUCUGACAACGUCUGGGCUCGCGACUGCAGCUAAAGCGACUGAGCCCAAGGAACCCAGGAUUUAUUGGACGUAGUUUCCUCUGCGGUCGUCAUGCAGGAGUACAGAAAUGGAAUAAUGUCGUUCCCACCACCCAUCAGCAGAGACAGGGCCAUCUGGGAAUUCCCAAAGUGCUACACACCUGAGGCCUCUAUGCAGAUGAAAAAAGACUGGGAUGUUCAAGCUAAAGUAGCCUGUAAAGACAGAGCUGCCAGGCAUCAGCCGUGGGACAGACAGAAAAUGUCAAAAGUGGUGGUUGUUGGAGACCUCAAUGUGGGGAAGACCUGCCUCAUUAAUAGGUGCUAAAUAGAUAUUUAGCCAGUUAAGACC